UUUUGUAAUGGAUGCGCUGUUGGGAAGUUCAUGCGGGUAUCUGUCUUUUUAUUUCCCGCCGACGCCCUGUCUGCUUGUGAGCAAGUAGUGGGGAAAGCGAUUUAGUCGUGCAUUGCAACGUGGCGAGGCAAACAUUAAGGACAUUGUGUGGCCCAGCAGUUUUUAAGAAAUGGACUGGGAUCAGCUCGACAUGAACCCCAGAGUGAUUGCAGCUCUUAAAAAAGCUAACCUAAGAUCCAUCAAAGAGGUUUUGAAUCUUUCAGGAGCAGAUUUGCAAAGGUUGACCAAACUGUCCAGUACGGACAUACAGUACCUACUAAAAGCCGUUUCUGGUGCACUGAGAAAGAACUCAGUCCUUACGGCACUGCAGCUCUUCCAAGAUGAAAACCUCGGCACUUCCCAACGCCAGAAGCUAAGCCUGGGCUGCCCCGUCCUAGAUGGUUUGCUAAGAGGCGGCAUCCCUCUGACGGGGAUUACUGAAAUCGCUGGCGAGAGCUCGGCCGGGAAGACGCAAAUCGGUUUGCAGCUCUGCCUUUCUGUGCAAUAUCCGUAUGAACACGGUGGGCUAGAAUCCGGUGCUGUUUACAUUUGCACAGAAGACGCUUUCCCCCAUAAGCGCCUCCAGCAGCUGAUUGAGCGCCAGUCCCAGCUGAGAGCCGAUGUUCCACACGACAUCGUGCAGAAGAUAAAGUUUGGGAACAGCAUUUUUGUCGAACACGCAGCCGACAUCGAGACUUUCCACGAAUGCAUCGCAAAGAGGAUUAAUGUGCUGCUUGCGCGAGGCAUGGUGCGCCUGGUCGUCAUCGAUUCCAUUGCAGCCUUAUUCCGAUGCGAGUUUGCUGCUAAGGACUCUGUACUCAAAGCCAAGUACUUGCAGACGUUCGGAGCCAAACUUCACCGAUUAAGCAGCACGUUCCGGACCCCGGUAGUGUGCAUUAAUCAGGUAACUGAUACUAUGGGUGAGGCCCUCACUGACGAUCACAGCAGUCCUUGCUCUACGGGCAGGAGUGUUGUUCCAGCACUCGGAAUCACUUGGUCCAACCAACUGCUGAUGAGGCUGAUGGUAAGCCGCACAGGGCAUCUAGUCCAGCCUGCCGGAAGCACGUUACGGAUAAUGAGAGUGGUUUUUGCGCCCCACCUGCCCCAGUCUGCUUGCUAUUACACAGUGAACGCGCAAGGAGUGAAAGGAACGAGGACGGAGACUCCGACAUGA